GCGAUGGCCCAGGUAAAGGCUGCAGGUGCAACACCACGGAGCCACCAGGACUUUGCAGAACUUUACUCUGACAUGGCUACAGUGAGCUCGAGCGCAGAUAUAGGUGAGCCCGGGAGGAAGGCAGCGACGUCAGAGACCUCCGUGGCCGCCGGCAUCAGCAGGGGGGGCAAAGCCUACCCGUCUCCCGCCAGGAGGCGCCACCGCACCACCUUCAGCCACAAGCAGCUGGAACAGCUGGAGCUGGCUUUUCAGCAGAACCAGUACCCGGACAUCUACUGCAGGGAGGAGCUGGCGCGCGUCACCAAACUCAACGAGGCUCGCAUACAGGUGUGGUUCCAGAACAGAAGAGCCAAACAGCGCAAACAUGAGCGGGCCUCCCAGAAAGUCUUCCCGAUGGGUGUGGUGACGGGCCACAGGACGCUGGUGGCCGGCAUGCCUCGACAGUACUACCCUCAGCCGUUGGCCCACAUCCCCCACCUGACCUCCAUGCUGCCGCCCGGGCCGUACUCCCGCCACCAAACCCAAGUCAGCCGCUGUCCGUGUCCCAGCAGCCCGCCGCAGCCAGCGCCGCAGCGGCAGCACGACGACUGGUACGGCUCGCUGAGAACCAGCCUCCCGUCACCCAUGUUCCCCCUGGGCUCCGUGCAGCCUCUGGAGGCGGCCUCCCCCUGGAGCUAAGGCACAUUGGUGCCACGGGGAGACUAUGGAGCUACAUUGGUGCCACACGGGGAGCCUACGGAGGUACUUUGGGGCCAUAAAGAUUGUUCAAAGAAAAAAAAACAAUUGAAAAUGAAAAAU